GACAUCUUCUUCCUCGAGCUAGUCGCUAUCUUGUCGGCGUUGCACCAUAUCGCGACUCUGCCUUCGCCUCCUCGCCGAGUGCUCGUCUGGUCAGACAGCCUCAACUCCGUCGAGGCUCUGAGUUCCCUCAGUGUUGCCGAAUCCCUCCACAACUCAGUCCUCCUCGCUAUCGCAGCUAUCGUUCUUCAGACAGGCAUCGACAUCAGGGUGCGCCACAUCAGGGGCGAAGAUAACCUCCGUGCCGACCUGCUCUCGCGCCUUAUGUUCGACGAGUACGCCCGUCGAUUUCCAGCUGACCGCGUCUGCUUCUUCUCUCCGCCU